GAAAUAGUAGAAUGUCUACAGAUUUUGUGGCGUUUAAAUAAAUUACCAAAAAUAAACAUCAGAUGUGCUUCUUGCCUAAAAUAAAACAGAUUUUGUAUAAAAUAUCGCAAUACAUCGACAUUUACAAUAAAGUUACUAUUUAUGUUAAAGAAAAAACCAGUGAAGACGCAGUAUAGCCUAUAGUUUGAGCUAUUUAUAGUUUAUUUACAGGUGUACACGGUUCACAAAACACGGAAGUGACGUUACAGCUCACCAGACUUGGAUUAAAACAUUGGAUUACAGUAAACAGUGGGAUUGAGCGGCAGACCGUCCGAGCGACUUUAAAAAGAGUAUCCUGAUGGGAAUGUUGAUGUUCAGAUGCCCUGCAGAGCUGCUUCUGAAAGGCCUCAGAGUUGAAAAACCAACAGACCAACCCUGAGAUUGAGGGAGAGGUGAUUCCCUGAGUUCAGAGAACCCCUCCUGUUAGGAGCGAACUGGCCAACCUCCAGCCACAUUGCUGGGUAGCCCAUGCUCCCACAGUCCACCAUGGGCAGCUCUCCGGAGGUGCUGUCCUGGGCGUCGUGCCCCAGCCUGCUGGUUGGGAAGCUGAAGGAGGAGCUAAAGAACACAGUGGUUGGGGAUAGUGUUAAGAAACCCUCCCCCAACAUCCCUCCCCAGGCCCCAUCUCUACCUCCGCAGAUCAUCACAGACCUGGCUCCACCCACACACCUCCCAGUGUCCCUGUCAACGCUGGCCCCGCCGCCAGGCCAGGACGAGGAGGCGGUACUGGGUACCAGCCCACCAAUCACAGCGCUGAGUGAGGACUCUGGGCGGGAGCAGAGACACUUCGACAACAGCGUCUUGCAGCUACAGGAACAAGAGGAGACGGAGUCUCCGCCCCCAUGUGGUCAGGGCAGUGAGGGGGAGGGGACAGAAGAGGGGGUGUGUCCCAUACACCAACACCACCCUGGGUCUGGACCCCACAACCACCCGCACCCCCACGAUGACAUCAAGUUGCACUUUCAUAGAUCACCUGGUGGGGGCGGAGGAGGUUUCCUGGAGGGUUUGUUUGGCUGUCUCAGACCUGUCUGGAAUAUUAUAGGGAAGACCUACAGUACAGAAUACAAACUACAGCAACAAGACAUGUGGGAAGUUCCGUUUGAGGAGAUCUCGGAGUUGCAGUGGCUGGGCAGCGGUGCGCAGGGUGCUGUCUUUUUGGGCAAGCUGCACGGCAAUGAGGUGGCCAUCAAGAAGGUCCGCGAGCAGAAGGAAACAGACAUCAAACACCUGAGGAAGCUGAAACAUCCCAACAUAAUAAGCUUCAAGGGUGUGUGUACCCAGGCUCCAUGCUACUGUAUCUUAAUGGAGUACUGUUCCCAGGGCCAGCUGUAUGAGGUCCUCAGGGCAGGGCGGAAGGUGACCCCCAGGCUUUUGGUGGACUGGGCCUCAGGAAUUGCCUCCGGGAUGAACUACUUGCAUUUGCACAAGAUCAUCCACAGGGAUCUGAAGUCACCCAACGUCCUGGUGACCCAACAAGAUACGGUGAAGAUCAGUGACUUUGGGACAUCCAAGGAGCUCAGCGAUAAAAGCACCCAGAUGUCUUUUGCUGGGACAGUCGCCUGGAUGGCCCCAGAGGUCAUCAGGAAUGAACCAGUUUCAGAAAAAGUAGACAUCUGGUCGUUUGGCGUGGUGUUAUGGGAGCUGCUGACGGGAGAGAUCCCCUAUAAAGACGUGGAUUCCUCGGCCAUCAUCUGGGGGGUGGGCAGUAACAGCCUGCACCUCCCUGUCCCGACCACCUGCCCCGACGGCUUCAAGAUUCUCAUGAAGCAAACAUGGCAAGGUAAGCCGAGGAGUCGUCCGUCAUUCCGUCAGAUUCUUCUCCAUCUGGACAUCGCCUCCGCAGACAUCCUAGGAGCACCACAGGAAACGUACUUCAGGUCUCAGUCUGAGUGGAGGGAGGAGGUGAGGAAGCACUUUGAGAAGAUUAAGUCAGAAGGAACCUGCAUCCAUCGACUGGACGAGGAGCUAAUCAAACGAAGAAGGAAUGAACUCAGACAUGCCCUGGACAUCAGGGAGCACUAUGAGAGGAAGCUGGAGAGAGCCAAUAACCUGUACAUGGAGCUGAGCGCCAUCAUGCUGCAGCUGGAGGUCCGCGAGAAGGAACUCAUGAAGAGAGAGCAGGCUGUGGAGAAGAAGUACCCAGGGAAUGGGAAACGUGCCCAGCUGGUGCGGCCCAUCAUCAGGCCCAACGCCGUGGAGAAACUCAUCCGGAAGAAAGGCAGCCUGACUCACAAGCCUGGAAUGCCUCCCGCAAAGAGGCCUGACCUGCUGCGUUCUGACGGUAUCCCCAGUGUCGACAUGCUACCGUCCCCCUCGCCCCUCUCAGCCAGCCCCAAGGUUUCCACGCCCCCUGGCAAGCAGAGGCACCGCAGCAAGCCCCGGCAUCGCCGUGCCAACAGCAGGGGUUCCUACAACGAGUUCCCAGGGCUGCUGAAGAGCGGGCUGGCAGGGCCCGAGGAGCAGCAGCCCCUCCAACAACACUACCGGGCUCAGCCUCCGCCACCAGAGGGUGCUGUUCUGCCCUUGAAGAACCGACAGGAGGCGGUGGUGAAUUGUGCCAACAACCUGCGGUACUUCGGACCGGCCGCAGCCCUCCGCAGUCCCCAAACCGACCACCUGCAGCGCCGUCUCUCCGGGCCCGGGCCUGACCUCAUCCCCACAGCCGCGCUGGACUCGCGCCAGCGCAGCAUUUCAGUGUCCGGCCCAGGGGGUCCUGGAGGGUGUGGGGCGGUGCUGUGUCCCUGCUGCCAGACUCAGCCUUUCCCAGGGUGUCCUCAGUGCCGGCUGGGGGCCCCGCUGGCCCCCAGCCACACACAGCUGCUUCACUACCCUCUCCUGUCCACCUGUGGGAGGUCUUCCCCCGAGCCUCCCAGACCAGCGGAUGUCUCGGCAGAGGGGCCGGGUAGGACAGAGCAGCAGGACACGGCGCGGAAGAGCAGCUUACCCACUGGAGCGGGCCUGCCACGCAGCAUGAGGCCUCCCAGGAAGGCAGGAGAUGAGUCAUCUGAGGAAGAAGAGGGGGAGGUGGACAGCGAGGUGGAGUUUCCACGGAGACAGAGAGCUCAUCGCUGUAUGAGUUCCUUCCAGUCCUAUUCUACCUUCAGCUCGGAGAACCUAUCUGUGUCAGACGGGGAGGAGGGGAACACCAGCGACCACUCCCACAGCGGACCUCUGGACCGCCCCCUGGACCGCCUCUCAGCCUCCCAGGAGGAUCACCUGGACGAGCUACUGUCUCACACACCUGACAUCCCCAUUGACAUCAGCACACAGUCUGACGGACUGUCAGAUAAGGAGUGUGCUGUCCGCAGGGUUAAAACCCAGAUCUCCCUGGGGAAACUGUGUUCUGAGGAGCACAGUUAUGAGAACCCACUACAUUUUGACUCAGACUGCGACACCUCUGACGCAGAGUGUUCUGACGCUACCGUUAGGAACAACAGACCUGGAGCUCGCACCUCCUGGUGAUCAGCCUGAACAACCCCACCCCGCACCUAGAACAAAAACAACCCUUAACCUCUGUGGCAAUAAAAGGACCACCCCCAUUUUAAACAGUCUUCUACUAUAGCAACGCCCCUGUAAUAGCUCCUCCUCCUCCCUAAUCUCUGUGCAGCCCCCUCCCAGGCAAACUGAGCAGGGAUCUCUUUUGAAAUAUACUGUAGAUUGUUACAUUCUAACCUUUGUUCAUAUAUUUUUGUCUGGGUUUGAGGGGAAAAUCAGGAACUCUAACAGUGAAACUUUAAAAUGAACCACUACAAAGGAAAAACUGAUGUGACUUGUACAAUGUGUUAAUGAUGAAGAGAAGGAGGAAGAGAAGAACGAUGUAGUGGUGGUGGGAAUGAUGAUGAUAAUGAUGAUAAUGAUGAUGAUGAUUAGAAAGAAGAGUAAAACGAUGUGGAUGCAGUGCAGCUUGGACAAGAACGAGACCAGAAACUAACCAGUGGGGGUUUCUGUGACUGUGACUGUUUGGGCUGGGGCAGCAUGUGCUGUCAGGCGGACCCGGACCCAGAACAGGUCAGGUCCAGAUUAAACCAGGUCUAGAUCAGACCAGACUCUGACAUGAUUCUGUGAUUAGAACAACCAGCAGUGUCUCUGGGACUGACUGCAACUAUACUACAGUAAAAUAUAACCUACCCGAUGAACCGUGAGUUUACAGAACAACCAGGCCCUGUAGUCUGGCCGAAGCUGUAAGACAAAUACAUGGACAAAUAUAUUUUCAACACCAGCAUGAAACAACAGCCCAACCAUCUACCAACAUUCUCCUAAUCAUCAACCAAAUUGGCCCAGAAAAUGUUCUCCAACCAUUAUUCAAUGUUCCCCAAUUGUGGUCCAAACAUCAACCAUGUUCUGUGUUGAAAUGUACCCUGCAGUGGAUCCGCCCCAUCCUGGCAUGUCUGUCUGACCCUGACAAUAGAACAUGACCAUAGACCCAGGACCCUGACAAUAGAACCUGACCAUAGACCCAGGACCCUGACAAUAGAACAUGACCAUAGACCCAGGACCCUGACAAUAGAACAUGACCAUAGACCCAGGACCCUGACAAUAGAACAUGACCAUAGACCCAGGACCCUGACAAUAGAACCUGACCAUAGACCCAGGACCCUGACAAUAGAACAUGACCAUAGACCCAGGACCCUGACAAUAGAACAUGACCAUAGACCCAGGACCCUGACAAUAGAACCUGACCAUAGACCCAGGACCCUGACAAUAGAACCUGACCAUAGACCCAGGACCCUGACAAUAGAACAUGACCAUAGACCCAGGACCCUGACAAUAGAACCUGACCAUAGACCCAGGACCCUGACAAUAGAACCUGACCAUAGACCCAGGACCCUGACAAUAGAACAUGACCAUAGACCCAGGACCCUGACAAUAGAACCUGACCAUAGACCCAGGACCCUGACAGUAGAACCUGACCAUAGACCCAGGACCCUGACAAUAGAACCUGACCAUAAAUCCCAGACCAUAGACCCAAGAUCCAGACCAUAGACCCAAGACCCUGACAAUAGAACCCAAACAUAAAUCCCAGACCAUAGACCCAAGACUCUGCCAAUAGAACCAGACCCAAGCCCCAGACCAUAGACCCAAGCCCCAGACCAUAGACCCAAGCCCCAGACCAUAGACCCAAGCCCCAGCAUUUCUCUACUACCCAGCACAGAGCUCAGCUUUUAUCCCCUCUUUAAUCCGGAAUCAAUAAUCAAGUAUCCACUUCUGCAUUGAUACAGUUCUGCUCUCUUUACUCCAGUCAUGGUACUGGACUAACUGUAUGUCACCUGCUCAGGGUGGUCUAUCUGUGAAGAACCAGGACUGAUAGUACCUGAUUGUUCAGACUGGACCAGCACCAUGUUGUAUGUUGUUCUGACUGGACCAGUAUCAUGUUGUUCUGACUGGACCAGUACCAUAUUGUUCUGACUGGGCCAGUACCAUGUUGUUCUGACUGGACCAGUACCAUGUUGUAUGUUGUUCUGACUGGACCAGUACCAUGUUGUUUGUGGUUGAGUGGCACAUUGGACCAGGUUUAAGUCAUGAUAGCAGUGUUCAACCUUUAUAACUAGAGAGGUUAUAAAGGAGCUAGGUAUGCUAAAUGUAAUGAUUAUCUAGGUAGGCCAGAUGUAAUGAUUAGCUAGGUAGGCCAGAUGUAAUGAUUAGCUAGGUAGACCAGAUGUAAUGAUUAGCUAGGUAGGCCAGAUCUAAUGAUUAGCUAGGUAGGCCGGAUCUAAUGAUUAGCUAGGUAGGCCGGAUCUAAUGAUUAGCUAGGUAGGCCAGAUCUAAUGAUUAGCUAGGUAGGCCAGAUGUAAUGAUUAGCUAGGUAGGCCAGAUGUAAUGAUUAGCUAGGUAGGCCGGAUGUAAUGAUUAGCUAGGUAGGCCAGAUCUAAUGAUUAGCUAGGUAGGCCAGAUCUAAUGAUUAGCUAGGUAGGCCGGAUGUAAUGAUUAGCUAGGUAGGCCGGAUGUAAUGGCUAGCCAGGUAGGUAGGAAGCUGUAACAUAGUUACCACUGAGGUGCAGUAUCCCAGCUAUGAUCCAUUUGUUCCACAUCUCUUAACAGGGUUGUUGAGAAGGCAUUGAUGGUUCUUCAACAUCUCUCAGCAGGGAUAAUGAGAAGGCAUUGGUGUUUAUUCCACUUCUCUUAGCAGGGAUAUUGAGAAGGCAUUGGUGUUUAUUCCACUUCUCUUAGCAGGGAUAUUGAGAAGACAUUGGUGUUUGUUUGACUUCUCUUAGCGGUGUUCAUAAGGCAUUGGUGUUUGUUUCAAAUAUCUUAGUCGGAUUUUUAAUUAAGGCAUUAGUGUUUGUUCCACAUCUCUCUGCAGGGUUGUUCAUAAGGCAUUGGUUGUAGAUUGUGGUAAGCCAUGUAACUUUAUUUAACUGUACCUAACUAUGUUAUAUGGUUGAUAUCAGAGGAAGGAACAGGCGCCAAACAGCAAUAAUAAUGUAGGAUCAAGUCUCAGGUGACAGUUAGUAGAUGAUAUUGUAAUAGAUUGUAUGUGAUAGGUGAUCCUUAGCUCAGGGCUGUCUAGCCGGCUGGACAGAUGCACUGCCGCUUUCUAGUCAGUGGCAGACAGACAGGCUUUUUAAAUAGCUAUAUUUUUAAAGACUGAGAGUAGUUGUUGUAUAUGAUGCCAACUUGCCUUGGCUGGUUUGACGCUCAGGUUCAGUUGUAGAAAGUGUGUAUGUGCGUGCGUGCGCGAUAGCAAUAUAAUGUCCACAAGGUGGCGGCAGCUACUCUGGGUUAUGUUGCCCUGUGUUAGUGUUGUUUCAUAAUUAGUGUUCCAAAGAGCACUCUUUUCCCUAUAUACUGUACUACGUUAGACAUCGGUCUAAAGGGCCAUGGUCAAAAGCAGGGCGCUAUUUUGGUAAUAGGUCGCCAUUUGUGACACUUCUUUUGGUCUGAUAGGAUAAGGAUUGUUUUCUUCUUAGUUAAUCAUCUCAUCACAGUCUUGUUUACACCUUUGUGUAAUCUUCUUUAAAAAGGGAUACUGCAUCUCAUGUAACUAUAUACCCUAGGAUCCUUUUUCCCUGGUCUGUGUUUCCAUGUUUGUGUAAAGCGUUUGUUUUACUUCAGAUUAUGGCCAGUGGGGAUUGAAGGUUAACAGAUGAGGUCAAACGUUUGUAUGAAACUCUGUCUUCAGUUAAAUUAAUGAAGGUCAGAAGGUUAAGGAAUACAACCAGAGACAUAAAGACCACAAGUAGACUGAUGCUCCUGUUCUAACAGACCUCUUUUUAGUGUUACCAGCCAGUCUGUCUAAGUAUUCAUGUUGUAUGACCUCUAACCUGUAGUAUGUUCUGACCCCUGUCACAUGACCAGUGUGUGAACCUCGAAGCUGUGGGUGAUUUAAUAAUGAUGUAAUUCAGGAUAUCUCUUGUGUUGGUUGACCACGGUCUGUAGUCCACAGUCCAAUCAGUAUAGAAUACCAAUAACCCUUGAGUCCCAAAUGGCACCCAGUUUCCUUUAUAGUCCACUACUUUUGACCAGGGCCCUAUGGGGUGCAAUUUGGGAUUCAGCCUGGCCCUGACUCCUGUUGUCUGUUCCAGCCAGUCCUCCUUUAGUGUGUUUACGCAGAAAAACGUGUCAUUUAUGGGAAUCAGAUGACACUCUUAUGAUACGAGUGAAUAACAAUGUCUUACUGGCAACAAAUCCUGUCAACUAUGAUUAUUUUUCUUGCUUUUUUUGUAGCUGGCCUACAUGAUUAUUGAAUUAAUUUAUUGUCAAUGUCCUGUCCUGGAAAGUUAAGUUCUUUUUAAUUUCAGGCAGCUUUAGAAUGGUUGUUUCUCUUGUCUUUAUGAUUUCUCUUUAAAAUAAGUAUUAUUUGACAUAAAGAAAGCACAACUGUAUAAUGAGUGAAGGAAUUCCUUGUAAGGAAUGGUGAUCAGAGGUAUUAUUGUCAUAAUUCUUUGGGUUUUGUAAAAUUUGUUGAUCAGUCUUGGGUGUGUAUGGUUGAACAAUCUAACUAUUGUAUUCUCUUUCUGCUCUGGGAAGCUAUAGGAAUCUGCUGGAAAGUAUUCAAGCAUUCAAACAGAUUCAACAUGAUUGCACUUUUGAUAAACAUUAGGAAAAAGCUCAGACUUUGUAUAUAUUUCUUUCAUUCUGUCUUUUUUGCUCUUCUUUAUCAAGGGUGCUUCUGAAUCAACUUAAUAUACAGUGCUGUGAGGAUACCACCUAAAAUCUUGUAUUGUUCCUCAUUUUGACACGUGGUGUCUUUUUUCCGCACUAAUGAGGGAUAAAGGUAUCCUGACUGAAUAAAAAACACUGACAAAAUUACACUAAUAUACUACUGCUAGCAAUCAUACACACAUAUAUGUAUAUGUGUAUAUAUGUAUAUGUAUAUAUAUAUAUGUGUGUAUAUGUGUAAUUUAAAUAAACUGAACCGCAUGUUCCUUAUGCAAAGUUAAUGCAUCAGUCUUUAUCAUCCCAUCAAAUGGCUGAAAGUAGAAUCAUUAUAGAAUGGCAGAAUCUAAAUCCAGAUUAUAAUACUCUGGAAAUGUUGUGGGGGGCUUGAAGAGGCCAUACAAAAAAUACCUCAAGAAUUACAUUCAAAGGAGUGUUGUAAAGAGGGUGGGGCAUAACAAACUUGAGGAGUAGAAAAGGUGAUGUAGGUUUCUUACAGUUACAAGACAAACUACUAGGUUUUAAGGUUAGCUUAAGGAUAGAGGUGGAUUUAUUUUGUUAUGGGGGAAAAGAAACCUCUUUCCUGUGAUAUACUUCUUCAGCCCAAACUAUAUAGCCAUGUUGUACUUCCUCUGGGCAAACUAUAUAGCCAUGUUGUACUUCCUCUGGGCAAACUAUAUAGCCAUGUUGUACUUCCUCUGGGCAAACUAUAUAGCCAUGUUGUACUUCCUCUGGGCAGUCUCAGGAGGAGCAGUCAGUGGAAAUAGUAGCUGGCCUUCCUCUGCUGUCCAUCCACAGCUAGAACCAGGGUCUCAAACCCACUCUGAACAGCAAGGGUGCUGCCGACCCAUUUCGCCACCAUAGUUUGUCAGAAUUUUCUUUUUCCGCUAUUCCUCCUAGGGCCCACAAUAUAACCCUCCCUGUUCAUGGCACAUAUCAUUGGAUUUUCCAAGCUUGAAAUCAAGCUGCCACUGAAUAUGUCUGAGCAGUGUUAUUACCUGAGAGUAUGCAGGAAUGCAGCUUUGGAUUGAAUGACAGUUCCAUGGCAGAGAAGGUUUAGAGAGACUUGGUCUCAGAACAGAUUAAUAUCAGACCAUUCUCCUCUGGAUCCAACUCCCUGUCUCUCACUAUCCCAAGGUACCAGUGACAUUUGAGUUUCUGUGUCUUUCACGGUAAACCACCUCCUCAGCCAUACAUACCCAGGGUUUGUUUCUUUGUCUUCUCUUGAAUGGCAUUAUGAUCAACCAAUCCUCUCAUUUUCCUGUAUUAUCCAGUGUACCAUAGUGUGCAAUGGGCACCAGGAAAAAUAAAAUCUAAGCAAACUGCUGCAUGGAAUAAACACUGAUGUACCAACACACUGUU